AUCAUUCACAUCAUCAGAACUUCCAUUGCAGAGAACAAAAAUCAAGUAGCCAAGCGCUAGGCCUACUUGAACGGACUAUAAAAUUUAACGGCAGCAGACUUCCACAGAUUCUGACCGAGAAGACGAAGCGCAAGCCUGAGAGUUGCCGAGGUUCACUACAAGUCUCCAACGUGACAACGUAGUACAAGGCGGCUAACAAGUCGGGCGUUAGCCAGCGACCAAUGGUUCUGAAUUGUCGGGUUCCCAAUUACUGUACUUGGAGUUUGUCCUUCGAUUUCCAAGGACCCUACAUCACAAAAGAUCACUCACGUUCAGGGUUCAAAUGGCGUGCCUUCACAUGGCUUCCCCCAUUGAAUGCCUGUCCCUGGCAUCAAACGAGACCAUAAACCCCGAAACCCAAGUCCUGAUAUUUGAGAAGUUCGGUUUGAUUAGGAUGGGAGUCGGCCUUUCAUAGAGGUUCAUUUGCAUUUUUGCGCGCUUCAGUCCAUCCGAUCAAAGAAAACUGCACUCCACUUUCAGCUGCAUCUCUUGGAUACUUCAAAACUUGUGUUGAGCGUAGCGCGUGAAAAAUCGAGCCUGGCCUAAUUGUUCAGCCUAACUGCCUGACGGCAUUUCGUGUAUCUUGCCUCCAAAGAGAGCGUAAUGGCCGCAACGGUCAGUUUGAGACUUUCACAACGCCGGUGGUAGUUUCGCCAAUCUAUCGCGUGUUCGCGAAAGACGUUGCAAGUCAGGUUAGCGGUCAAUACCUUACUGCGCCAUCGCUAUAAAAGCCAAACGUUCCGACACCAAGAUGUUGACUGUACAGAAGAUACCCCACGAAACCAACUGCACUCUUUUGAUUAAUCGUGAUGGAUUCAGUGGCUUGCAUCAGUUGCGCCCCGAAGUGGGAUCUCAUUGCGGGACCUCCUCUUGUAGGCUACAUUUUAAACACGCUGUUCUUAGGCAUUCUCGUGGUUCAAGUCUACUACUACUAUCUUUGCUUCCCUAAGGAUAAGAUACAGUACAAAGUGCUGGUUUACUCCAUAUUUAUUAUCGAAAUCGUCCAGUCAGCCUUAAUGGGUAAAGAUGUUUACUACAAUUUUGUCACACUUUGGGCAUCAGACAAGAGCUGGACUACUUUCGGGACUACGUGGUUCAGCUUCUCGAUCCUUUGCGGCAUCAUCGCAACCACUGUACAACUGGUCUUUGCCAACCGGCUCUGGAUCCUGACGAAGUCGCGCAUCUUGACUAGUACCAUUUCAUUUCUUGCUGUGGCUCAGGGCACGGCGGCGAUCGCGACAGGAAUAAAGAUGAAGAUCGUUCCUGCGUUAUUAGACCAGAGCUCCACUUUUCCAUACAGAACGUCAUGGCUCGUACUGAGCGCUGCGAAUGAUCUCCUAAUCGCAAUCGCAAUGACCUACCACCUCCUCAAAUCUAAGACUGGAAUAGCAAGUACUGAUGUCAUGAUCGACCGUAUUGUUUUCCUCGUAGUUGAGACCGGGACAGCGACUGCGGUCACUGCAAUGUUGGACAUCGCCUUGUUUCUGGGCAGAAACGACACCACUUUGUAUGGUGCAGCCGGUGCAUUCCUCACCAAGCUAUAUUCCAACACACUUCUCGUUGGCCUUAACAAUCGCGCUGUGGCAAGGAGAACCAAAAUAUUCCAGACGGCUGAUAGUGCGGUGGUCGAGGGGUCCCAGUGUGGUUCACGUGAAAGUCUUCCAUGACACCCAUGCUGUCAUCGAGAGCAUUGGUUUGAAGGAGCGUUCGGUGUAAGGUCUGGUGGCAAAUUUUGACUCCGAGCCGAAAGGACCCAACAGUGGUUUUGGUGGUUUUGCUUUGAAAUCUGCAUUUCUGCAGCACAGCCCGCUUCACUGUUACGGCAAUAGUACCUACAUACUCGGUAUCUGAAUCUCACCAUUCUUCCAACUC